AUGAAACUUGAGACUUUUCAGAAGCAACUACAUCUCAUCACCACCGCCGCCGCGGCCACCGCCACCACCACCACCACCACAAAAACAAAGCAAUCUUGGCUGAUAAAAGUUCAUUCGGUCGCGAAUGAAUCACCUACUAAAUACAGGCCUCUUUUACUAGAUAUUCCAUACCUUGUGUGCUACAUUGUCCCUCAUCUCGUCUCGUUACGCUCAAAGUCCUUCCAUUCCAUGAGCGUCUUUGACCUCCUCAAGGUCAGUACACACGUUCGCCCGCAUAACUGGCUAACAGGUCCUCUUCAGUACGAUCACCUCCAGGCUAUGUGA